AUAUUUAUUUACAGAGACACAGUUAUGGCCUUGAGAACAGUGACGAGGAAGUCAGGGAGUAAACUAUUACCCAGGUUUUCUCCUGCUGCUCUAUUGCAUUCACAUGCUACAAGCUUUGGAUUUAAAGAAGUAAGGGAAGAGGAAAAAAGUCGAAUGGUUGGUAAUGUCUUCAGCAAUGUUGCUUCGAACUAUGAUCUAAUGAAUGAUGUGAUGAGUGGAGGAUUACACAGAUUAUGGAAGGAUAGAUUAGUUUCCAAACUGAAUCCUUUCCCUGGAAUGAAGCAUCUUGAUGUGGCUGGUGGGACAGGUGAUGUUGCCUUCAGAAUACUAGACUCAGUAAACAGCAUCAGACGUAGAGCUAUGCAAGAUGUUCUCGAAGAUGAUAUACGAGAAGAAACUAAGAUUUAUGUAUGUGACAUAAACCCUAACAUGUUGAAUGUUGGUAAAAAGCGGGCGUUGGAGAGAGGUAUUGGAGAAGACAAAUCCCUUCUAUGGGUGGAGGGAGACGCAGAAGCCUUGUCUUUUGGAGAUAAUACAAUGGAUGGUUACACAAUUGCAUUUGGAAUUAGGAAUGUUACACACAUAGAGAAAGUGUUGUCUGAGGCCUAUCGAGUGCUAAAGCGCGGAGGAAGGUUCCUGUGCCUUGAACUGAGCCAUGUAGACAUUCCUGUAUUCAAAGAAUUCUAUGAUUUUUACUCAUUCUCAGUCAUUCCAGCCCUGGGAGAGCUCGUUGCAGGGGAUAGAAAAUCAUACCAGUACUUGGUAGAGAGUAUUGGUCGUUUCCCCCCACAGGAGAAGUUUGCUUCGAUGAUUGCGGAUGCAGGAUUCCAGCAGGUUGAAUACGAGAACCUUGUUGGAGGUGUAGUUGCUAUUCAUUCGGGGUUGAAAGUUUAGUACCGUUUUUAAGUAUUUGGAUCCCGAAAAUUCUCAAAAGCACCUGUUUGAACAAUUUUGGCAUUGAGCUUUUUGUUUUACCUCUCUGUAAUCACCUUUAAGAAAUUAAAUAAGUGAAAUAAGUAAUGUUUUGUAUGUAA